AUGUUGGACAAGGAAGACAGGACGAGGAUGCUCCCCAAGAGCUCAAGCCAGAAGACGCUCCAGGCCGCCAUGGAGGAGGAGAGGGCGACUAUGGCCAACCGUCGUUUCCUCUCCAAGGACGACGCCUCCGUCUCCAACCCCUCCUUCCGCGUCUACUACGGCGUCGCCUCCGCGGGCUCCGUGCCGUUCAUGUGGGAGUCGGCGCCGGGCACUCCCAAGAACGCCAUCUCCAGCACCACCCUCCCGCCCCUCACCCCGCCGCCGUCCUACUACAACAGCAAGGGCGCUGCUGCCAAGACCAAGUUCACCAAGUUCCAAUCCUCCAAGAAGCUGCUCUCCUCCAAGCCGGCUAUCUUCGUGCAGAGCAUCCUCCCCAAGCUGCGCAGGAGCCAUACCAUGCCGUCGCGGUCACCGUCGGCGCCGCCGUCCAACUCCAAAGAGAGCGCGCAGGUGCAGUGCACCCGGAGCCGGAGGAACAGGCUGCUCGCGAGCCCGCGGUCGUCCUUCUCGUCCAACUCAAGGGGAGAUGACGAUGACGACGAUGGUGGUGCAGCGCCGCCGUCGCCGACGUCCACGCUGUGCUUCCGAACGCGGCACUCCGGCGGGGGCACCGGCAGGCUGCACGGGCUUCUAGCGUCCGUGGUCGGAGGAGGGCAAGGUACCGCUGCCUCCUGA